AUGGCUCGCAGUUUUGUUAUCAAAGUUCCCGCAUCUUCGGCCAACAUUGGUCCCGGAUAUGAUGUUUUGGGUGUUGGGUUAGCACUCUUUUUGGAGUUGCAAGUGCGCAUAGAUUCACUACACGCAUCCGAAACAAACAACGAUGCAAACAAUUGUAAGCUUACGUACUCCGAGACAAGUGAGGGAUACGGCUCUGUGCCCUUGAAAUCGGAUUCUAACUUGAUCACGAGAACGGCGCUUUAUGUUUUGCGGUGCAACAAUAUCAGAAAGUUCCCUCUGGGCACCAAAAUACACAUCCACAACCCUAUCCCACUAGGUCGUGGGUUGGGCUCAUCUGGAGCAGCGGUGGUGGCCGGUGUGCUGUUGGGUAACGAGGUGGGUCAACUAGGGUUCUCCAAACAACGUAUGUUGGAUUUCUGUUUAAUGAUUGAACGUCACCCAGAUAACAUCACGGCGGCAAUGAUGGGGAGUUUCUGUGGGUCAUUUUUGAGAGAGUUGACACCACAGGAAGUGGAGAGAAGAGAAAUUCCAUUAGCGGAGGUUCUUCCAGAACCUUCUGGAGGGGAGGACACCGGGUUGGUGCCACCUCUUCCACCUACGGAUAUCGGCAGACACGUAAAGUACAACUGGAAUCCCAAGAUUAAAUGUAUUGCCAUCAUCCCACAGUUUGAAUUGUCCACUGCUGACUCCAGAAGUGUACUACCAAAGGCAUACACCACCCAGGAUGUCGUUUUCAAUUUGCAGAGGUUGGCCGUUUUGACUAUGGCAUUGACCCAGGACCCUCCAAACGCGGACUUGAUUUACCCAGCAAUGCAGGAUCGUGUCCACCAACCAUACAGAAAGAUUUUGAUCCCAGGGUUGAACGAGAUCCUACAAAGCGUUACCCCAACCACCCAACGGGGUCUGCUUGGUAUUUGUCUGUCCGGAGCCGGCCCUACCAUAUUGGCUUUGGCGACAGAAAACUUCGACGACAUUGCCCACGAAAUCAUCAACACCUUCUCCAAGAACAACGUCAACUGUGACUGGAAACUUCUGGAUAUCGCUCAAGACGGUGCGAUUGUGGAGCAACUUCCAAUCUCCGAGUAG